AAAUAUGAAGUUGCUGGAGAAAUUAUUGAUAGUGUCAUUUGCGUGAGUGCGACUUUUCUUGUGACCCAACCAACCAAACAGAGCUUCAACCGUUGAACGUUUCCUUCAUGAUUCAACCAAAACCCCAAUGCAGAAGAACCUUCAUAAUAAGACCUUUCACGAAAUUCAAACUCUUCAACUUAGUUGACAACUCUCCUUCGAGAAGAUUUGCAGUUGAGAUUCUCCUUCUUCGUCUUCUCCGAGAUCUUGAAGCAGAAAGAGAAAUCACGCAACAGAGAUUCGUCACAGUGAUAAUAAGAAGAAGACGAUGACGUUUCGCCAGGGUAAUAAGUUGAAGCGAUGGGGUUUGGAUCUCGAUCGGAGGAUACUGUUGCUGAUUCUCUUCCCAAUCUCGCUCCUGCUCAUCGCUUCGCUCUCUCCGUUCUCCUACGCCGCCGUGAUCGCCCCCCUGCGCUCGAUCCUCGGCGGCUUCGCCUCGCCGCUAGCGGCAGGGAGGUCGGCGGAGUUGAACCGCUCCAGGAUCGCCGUUUGCUUGGUAGGUGGGGCUCGGAGGUUCGAGCUCACCGGCCCCUCCAUUAUCCAGAGGAUUCUCAGAGUGUAUCCGAAUUCCGACCUCUUCCUUCACAGUCCUUUGGAUUCGAAUGCGUACAAGCUCUCCCUCCUCCGUGCCGCUCCUAGAAUCGCCGCCGUGAAAAUCUUCAAGCCUACGCCGAUCGACGAGACCGAGACACAAACCCGAGUUCUCACCGCGGCGAACUCGCCCAAUGGCAUUCAGGGCUUAUUACAGUAUUUCAAUUUGGUAGAAGGUUGUUUGACGAUGAUUCAAGACCACCAACUCAAAAAUAACUUCACUUACGAUUGGAUUAUCCGGACCCGAGUGGACGGAUAUUGGUCUGGAAACCUCAAGCCGGAGCACUUUAUUCCGGGCCGGUAUGUCGUACCAUCCGGUUCAUCAUACGGUGGAUUGAACGAUCGUUUUGGCGCCGGCGACUUCAACACCUCAGUGGUGGCUCUCUCCCGGCUGUCCCUGAUCCCCCAGCUUGACGCCGGAGGAUAUGCGCUCCUCAACUCGGAAUCCGCGUUCAAGGCCCAACUGACGACCCAAAAGGUUUCCUACUCGACCCACCGCCUCCCAUUCUGCGUGGUAACGGACCGCAAAUACGAAUUCCCUCCGGCGAGUUUCGGCGUUCCAGUGGCGGCCAUUUCUAGCCGCGGCCCUUUAAGCGGCGCGAAAUGCCGGCCGUGCACGCCGUCGUGCACGGGGUCGUGCGUCGCCUCGGUUAUGAGCGCGAUGGACCGAGGAUGGAGCUGGACCGAUUGGGGCGACGACACGUUGGAGCUCUGCGAUGCUCAUGCGGACUGGGAGAAGGGCUGGGAGAGACUCUUUGACCAGACCGCCGGUAAGAAGUUGGGUUCCGCUCGGCGGCGAGUGAAGAGCUUGAGUUUUGGACAAUGCGUUAACGACUUUGAGGUGAUGAAGGAGAAAACGGCGUCGUGGGUUGCUCCUCCCGGGACCGAGAUUUGUCAACUCGGCGGCUUAAGAUCCGUUUAACACUGUUAUUAUUAUAUAUUGUACAGUGAUAUAUAUGAUGGGCCGAACUCUUUUAUUCUUUUUACAAAAAAUGAAGUUUUGUAGAGUUCGGAAAUUACUUCUUUCCCUAGCUCGAUCAUAUUCAUCAUGUAUACAAAGGAAGGCAAGUGGUUAAGUAGAGUAGCUACUAGCUAGUCAUGAAUCCAGAUAAAUGGGUUUUAUGGCUGCAAUUCUAUUCGAUCUGGAUGCUUGCUGUAGCUAUUUUUUUGGUUUGAAGAUGGUUUUUAGCUAGUUUCAAUGGAUUUAAGGCUAUAAAUUAAAUUUGGAUGAUGUAGCAUGUUGUCACUAUCUGAUGGGAUAUCGGAUAAAUCAUACUCUAAAUUUCACUAAAAAAUUUUAUAUGAUAAACUCAACUGAGUUACUA